UCCAACGGGUGCUGCUCCAACGGGUGCUGCAAGCCGGGCUGCUGCUGCUGGCCCUGCGCCGUGUGCUGCACCAAGUGCGCUCGGUGCUGCAUGCCCCGGUGCUGCCGCUGCCCCGGCUGCCCCAGCUGCGGCGGCUGCAUCAAGCGCUCGCUCUGCUUCGUCCCCCGCCUGCUCUGUUACCUGCCCCGCAAGCUCCUGAGCUGCCACCGCCUCAAGUGCCUCCUGCUGGUGGUGCUGGUGGUGGUGCUGGUGGUGGUCAUCAUCGCCGGAGCCUUGCUGAUGUGGCUGCGUGUGGACCAGCGCCGCGCUGAUGCCGUCCUAAGGAUGGGGCUGUGGAGAGAAGCAGCCUGGGAGGAGGAUGCAGCCACGUUCUAUGUGGAUGGUGGGGAUGGAAACCCGGCCACGGUCAUCUAUGACUACAAGAAUCUGCUGGUGAGCUACAGAUCCCUGCUCCACGGUGCCUGCUACAUCGCCCACAUGGACAAGGACAACAUCCCGGGCCUGGACACCAUGGCUGAGGCCUUCCAGCGCCGGCAGGAUGAGAAGAGACUUGCCAUGCCCCUGGCCGACCGCUCCAUCCUGGGCACCACCACCAGCAUCCUCUGCAGCAUCGUCCCUAUCUACUGGGCUUAACCUUGCUGGGUGUGUGCAAAGGGUACCAGUGCCUGCAGGGGACCAUCCAUUCCCCCAUCCAUCCAUCAAUCCCUCCAACCCUCAAUCCACACAUC